AUUAAAAAAAAAUCAUGGUUAUGGAAACCAUUGCAACCUGAUAAAGCUUCAGGCUUUAGUUUAUUUCUGGUAUCACAUUGUAAAGAAAUGGUCACAUUGUAAAGAAAUUCCUAAUUCACACAGAUAAAUGGCUAUAAACUGUUAAUAGUUUUAAAAGGAACCAGCCUUAUAACCUGGGAUUUAACCAGAAAAUGGCAGAAGAUUUAUUCAGAGUCUUUACAAAAAUGAUUUAUCCUUGCAACACACUUAGCCUGUUGAUCCGCAGUAUGUCAUGUGUUUGUAAGUAACAUAUUUGAAUCUAUUAUGAGAAGUAUGAAAAAUAAUUUAACAAUCUUUUAAAAAUAAAAUUUGAAUCAAAUAUUUGUGGAAACCUAAAUAGAGCUUUCUAUGAGAUACAGAUGGAAGUCCAGUACCCUAAGCAGCACGUAGAACCCCAACCCCAUUACCAACCAACAAAUGUUUACUGAAUGCCUACUCUGUGACAGAUUCUGUACUGAGCAGGAGAUACAGAAAAAAAAAACCCACAUCAUCCCUACCCACAAGGGCACUGGGCUGGAAGAUGAGAUAGACUCAGAGAAAUUCCAUCAAGUGUAGGAUGUUCAGGAAGUUCAGGAGACAGGCAUUUGUUGGACCUGGGGAAGUGAAUAAGAAUAAGGGUUCGCAAGGAUGGAGAGCAGGCUUCUAGAGGCUGUACACUCUAUGCUGGGGGUAAUCAGGAAUUGGGCAAAGAUGGGCAAAGAAAAGUCCCUUAGAAGUAAUGCCAGGAGACAUCAUGUGAGGAAGUGAACUAGCACAGAGUAUGUGCUGGUCUCAAGCUGUGUGAGAUGGCUAUAUGACAUGGUGGGAGCGGAGGAGACAGCCUCAGAAGGCCGAGUUGCCAGGUCAUGUCAUGGAACAGGGCUUCAGGGUAAUAAAGAGGUACCUUCGCUCUAACCUACAAGUAAUGGACAGCUGUUGAGGGGUUUAAGCAGGAGGGUGCUGUAGUCAAAUCUGCAUUUUUAAAAGAGCCCUUCUAUGGAAUGAUCCCAUUUAUGGAGGCAGGGAGACAACUUCAGAGAUUAGAGUGAUGGAGGCUGAGCCAGGGUGUGGCAGUGAGGAACAGAGAGAAGCAGGUGGCCUUGAGUAAUAUUUAAGAGGCAGAAUUGACAGGACUUGGUGAUUGAUUGGUUGGGGGAGCAGGGUGGGUGUCACAGAUGAAAGAGAGGGAGGAGUCAAGGAAGCCUCUCUACAAAAGUGUCCAGCUCAGGUGGCUGACUAUAGAGUAAGAAUGUGAGCCCAGGUCCUCCGCUUCCACAGCCCUUCAGACUGAUAGUAUGAGAGGAAGCCUGGUCAGAUCAGUCGUCUGGUUGAGAAUCAUCAUCAUGGACGUAAAUCCAAAGGAAGAGUCCAAAGCCAUUCUAAGCCCAGACCCUAUCAGAAUGAUAGACAUAUUAUAAUCAGCAAAUGUGGAAGGAAUAGCUGAAUGAAAGAAUAUUCAAGAAGAAAAUGCUAAAGAAGAGGAAUUAUACAAUUGGGAGGAGGUUUUUCCCUGUUCUCAUUGAGAAUUCUGAACAAAAGCUUGUGCGUUUGGUUUUUCCUGAUCUUGGUACCCGGAGGCUAGGCACGAGAGGAAGUGCCAGGUAUCAUUAUGAUGGAAUCUGUAUCAAGAGAAGUUCUUUCUUCUAUGCCCAGUAUUGCUACCUUCUGGGUGAAAAAAGGGAUCACAGUGGAGAUAUCAUUGCCUUUGAAAAAUCUACUGACUAUAACAGCAUUAUCCAACAAGAAGGAACAUGUGAAAAUCAUUCACCGAUAAAGACAGACCCCAUUGGAUCCCCUUUGUCUGAAUUCAGGAGAUGUCCAUUCUGGGAGCAAGAACUGGCAAAGAAGUACUCCUACAAAAUGAUGGCCUUUCUUGCUGAUGAAUACUACAACUAUUGCCAAGAGAUUUUACAAAACGUGAGGAACCAAGAACUUCAGAGGGUGGAGGACUUGCUCACUUCUUUCUGGAAAUCUCUGCAGCAAGACACAGUCAUGCUUAUGUCAUUGCCUGAUGUGUGCCAGCUCUUUAAAUGCUACGAUGUGCAGCUGUACAAGGGAAUUGAGGACGUUCUCCUUCAUGACUUUUUGGAAGAUGUUUCUAUUCAGUACCUGAAAUCUGUCCGGUUAUUUAGUAAGAAAUUUAAGCUGUGGCUACUUAAUGCUUUGGAAGGGUUUCCCGCCCUCGUGCAGAUCUCCAAACUCAAAGAAGUUACUGUGUUUGUCAAAAGACUAAGAAGAAAGACAUACCUUUCCAACAUGGCAAAGACUAUGAGAAUGGUAUUGAAAAACAACAAGAGGGUCAAUGUUUUGAAGUCAGAUCUACAUGCCAUCAUCAAUCAAGGUGCUUUGGACACUUCUAAGAAAGCCCCGCCGAGUAACCCGUGCAGCACGGCUGACCUGGAGAUGCACACGGAGAUGCAAUGUUUAAGCAGUUUGAUUUCUUUGCUGGGGACAUCCACAGACCUCAGUGUAUUCCUGAAUUGUCUGUCUUCAAAUCUCCAAGCAUUUGUCUUCCAGCCAAGCAGAAACAAAGAAGAGUUUAUCAAAUUGGCCGCCAGCUUCCAGCUGAGAUGGAAUUUCCUUCUUACCACUGUGAGCAAAGCCAUGACCCUCUGCCACAGAGAUAGUUUUGGCUCCUGGCAUUUGUUUCAUUUGCUGCUUCUGGAAUAUGUGAUUCAUAUACUUCAGUCAUGCAUAGAAGAGGAAGAGGACGACGAUGAUGUGGGAAAUCUCAAGGAAAUGCUACCAGAUGACCAGUCUCUUGUCCAGCCAGACCAGGCAACCUUCCACCCUCCAGAUUCUUCACCAGCCCUGGCGUAUGACAGCCCACAUAUGGAUCCACAUCGGGUGAUGCUGAAACACAUAGGCCAGAGCCGAUGUCCUGUGGGUGUGAACAGUGUGUUUCUCAGGGUCCUGGGCUUCCUGGUGGACACUGACACGGGUGAUAAGCUCAUCCAGGUAUUGUUGGAGGACAAGGCCACCGAAAGCACCUUCAAACUCAGCCUUCCUGUGGGACAAGAGGCCCUGGUAACUCUAAAAGAUGGACAAAAAUUUGUAAUUCAUGUAUCAGAUGUACCCCAAAGCUCUGAAAAUAUUUUUUUCAGGGAAAGCAACGCUAAUAUAUAAGAUCAUUUCUUAGAAUAGGACAUGAGAAAACAUAGAUUUUUCACUCUUAAAAAUAUAUUAAGUGCUAAAGCUUUUGUAUUGAUGAGAAAGAAGAUUUUAUGUACAUAAUAGAGGUAGCAUUGUCUAUUUUGUGUUUAUAUGUAUUUCAAGCAGUUAGUUUAGGUGAAUCAUAUAAACUGAUUUGGAGAAUA